AUGGAAAAAGCUAACCGGAAAACACAUGGGAGUACUGAUUCCGGCGCCGAAGACACCACCACCGGAAAACGAGCUAAAAUGCAAAAUGACGAUGAAGAAGAAGAAGAAGAAGGCGAUAUGAUGGCUUGGUUAAGCUUGGACGACGAGAAAAUGACUGAGCUUUCCAAGGUACUGGACCCUGAUACUGCGUCGUUUCAGCAGUCGUUCAGGGUGAGGUUCAUUGAAAACCCGUACACCCCGCCGGUGAUCGUACAGUCCUCGUCGGGUUAUAUUACUAUAAACGGCAACGAGGAGUCAUGUGGCUCGUCAUUUUCCGACUUGGACUCGUCGGCCAUGGCGAGUGUUGAUAGGGGGAGCUUAAAUGGGAUUUUAUUCGAGGCGAUUAAAGGAAAAGCUGUCGCGUGGGGUUCAGACGCCGAUGAGGCAGGCGGAUGGAUGGAAGAAAAUGGUGAUGACGUGGCGUCGUGGAGUUGGGGUAAACAAAUGGACGAUGAGGCUAACUGCGGUAAAUUUCUGGGGGAAGACUUGUUUGGAAAUUGGGACACUGUAGAAAAUUGGUGA